AUGCACCUCUCCCUCCCCGCCCUCCCCUCCCUCCUAACGAUCAUCACGCCCCUCAUAACACUCACCCUCCCCCCACCAACAACCGCCUGGGCCUUCGCCUACACCAACCAAACCGGCAGCACGCGCUUCAUCCACGGCUACGAAAGCGACCUGCGCAAAUGCACAGUAGCCAACAUCGCGAAGGGCAAGCUCGUCGACUACGACUCGCAGGGGGACCGCGUCUGCGUCUCCAUCUACCGCGACGAGACGUGCACCGAUAGCGCGGGCUACGCGUGCCAUACGCAUGUGCAUAACGCGAGUGCCAAUUUCGCUGCUUACUCGAUUUAUCCGCGGGAGGAGGAGGCUGCGGGAGGGGGGCUAAGUGGGGGGGCGAUUGCGGGGAUUGUGGUUGGGGUUGUUGCUGCUUGUGCUGGGGCUGGGGCAGAGGGGAGCAAGAGGGGGUCUGGGGAGUCGAGUGCGAGGGGGGAUAGUGCUCAUGGGGAUGGGGAUGGGGAUGGGGAUGGGGAUGUGGGUGGGAGGGACUCAGGGUUUGAGAGACCGUCGGAGUUGAUGGGGGAUGCAGGGUUGAGUGAGAUGAGUGAUAGUCACCGCGUGGUGGAAUUGGGGGACAGUGGUCGUGUUGAAAGACAUCCUCAAAUGAAGGUCGCAGAGCUAGGGUGA